GGUGCUGUGAGAUUCACUCGAAAGUAAAGGGAAACAUCGUCAUUUGUUCGCCUGCUGCCUCCAGUACGGCGGCACCGGAGACCGGACCAGGCGGGCAACGAUGGCGGCGCCCCUCCCGUCGGCCCGUCCGCCGCCACUCCUGGCCGAACCUCUCGGUUCGGGGAGGCCAAGGAAGGCUUCGCCCUCUCCCGCCGAGGAGGGCACCGAGGCGGGGGGCCCCUUCCGCGCUAGGUCCCGCGGCUGGCCGCGAGGAGGACCGCAACGCAGCGGUAUGGCAGUUAAUCUUACGCCCUUCUCCUACUGUUCAAGAUUUCCGUGUGCCGCGGCCUCCAGCAUGGCCGGGAGCAGGAGUAUGCCGAGUUCUUGCAGAUGCCCAAGCGCCACUCCACUGAUUUCGGUGACUUGGCAAAAGCUACUAGUGGAUCAACUUAGAACUACCCAUAUGUCAGUCAUAUCUCUAGAGACGACCCAGGAGCAACUCUUCUCUUAGGUCCCCUCUGGAAGGUGGAAGCAUCAAUCUGUCUAUCUAGCUGCUGCAUGCCGUAUAUGUAGGAGGUAGCGAAAUGGCUGUAGCAUGGGUGGAAGCCUUGGUGAAGCGGUUGAAUUUCAGUGUGUUCCGGAUAGUGCCGCUUGUCAGCUUAGUUAUGUAUCUCAUCCUCACCAUCUUCUCCGACAGCCGCCGGCAUGAAUGCGGAGGUUGGAAGAGAGUCUGGACGAGAGUGUUUGUAUGGGUGGCGUACCAGCUGACUGACUGGGGCCCCGCAUAUGUCAUCAGUGAGCGAUUAGUAGCCACAGUGUAGGACUACAUUUUUUGCUUAUAUGAUGCAAAUUGGCAAAUUCUCUCUUUUGUUUUAGCUUGAUAUAUAAGAAGAACCGUAUCUAAUCCAUUCUAGUACUAGAUAGCCAGGCAGAUAUACUUUACUUAUCAUCUUAGCUUCAGUUCAGUGCAUUUGUAAGCAUAUGACUCUGCCGGUUUCCUCGGCGAUUCUUGGUUACCACAGUCAUUAGUUUUUGUUUGUUGCUUCUGGUGUGUGUAGUGCGUACACUAGGAAGUGGAGUUAAGAACAUCAUUGUUCAGCUGUCUUAGUAAGUAGGACAAAUUUUGUAGACUGGAUCUGCCAAACACUGCAUCCUUAAUUCAGAUCGACAACAACCCCAGCCGAAGAAAACUGUCCCUGACAACCUAGUAUUUUCUUAGGACUUCAGACGAAUCUUGAUGCACAAUAGCUAUUGUUUAAUGGAUCAAAUACUAAAACGCACCGAACCUGCAGGUCAGGAAACUCUCUGCUGCAUACAAGUUAUGAGUGGAUCAACUUAGAACUGUCCAUAUCUCUAGAGACAAGACUCCGGAGCAACUCUUGUCUUAAGUCUCCUCUGGAAGGUGGAAGCAUCGAUCUGCCUAUCUAGCUGCUGCAUGCCCUGCUUGCAGGAGGUAGCAAAAUGGCUGCACCAUGGAUGGAAGAUCUGGUGAAGUGGUUGAGUGUGUACAUGUUCCGGAUAGUGCCACUUCUCAGCUUAUUCGUGUAUCUUAUCCUUGCCGUCUUCUCAGACAGCCGGCGGCGUGAAAACAAAGGUUUGAAGAGAUCUUGGAAGAAACUGUUAGUAUGGUUGGCGUACCAGCUGACGGACUGGGGCCCGGCAUAUGUCAUCAGCAACCUGUACCUCGAAACAUCGCCGCGUGAGAAGAUGAGCAUCGCCUUCUGGGUGCCGUUCCUCUUGCUGCACCACGCUCGCCCGGACAACAUCAGCGCCUAUGCCAUGGAGGACAGUAAGCUCUGGCCGCGCCUGUUUCUGUUAGCCCUCCUUAAGUCUGCGGGAUCCUUCAUUAUUGUGUACAGGUGUAUACUUGCUGAACAUACUGCCAGCCGAUUUUUGUGCUGGGCGUCCGGCAUCAUGUUAUCCCUGGGCAUUUUGAAGUAUCUGGAGAGUAUGCUAGCGCUAUGGCGAAGCGACAUGGGGCGCAUCCGGCACAGCGGGUUAUCCGGCAAGCAAAAGCUCAAGCUCGAUGGUUAUGGAGAUCAUGAGAAGCCGUCAGAACUGGAAGAUGAGAAAGCCCUGCUGGUUGCUCACGACCUGUUCGAGAUCUGCAAGGGAGCCUUCUGUGAUUAUACAGUAAACAUGGAUCGUGGUGUCAUCAUAGACAUGUUUUGGGACGAUACAUGGAAGAACAUGUGCAAGGUGGUGGAGAUGGAACUGUCCCUUAUGUAUGACAUCCUCUACACCAAGGCAGCCGUAGUCCACACCUGGCAUGGCUACACCAUCCGUGUGGCCUCACCGCCCCUCACCGCCACUGCGCUGCUGCUGUUUUUUCUCCAAUGCAAAAAGGGCAUGAAGCCAAUAGAUCAAGUUGUCAGUUACACAUUGCUGUGUACGACCUUCGUCCUCGACUUGAGAUGGCUGUUCAAAGCACUAGCAUCAGUAUGGACACAUUCAUACUUCAAACGUAUGCCACACAAUUGGUUGAAGCAUACACUAUGGUGCCAGGGAGGAUGGAAGAAGCUCCGUUAUGGUGGUGUGUCUCUGCUUCUCUCCCGGGUCUCCUUGUGGUUGUGGACAUGCGCAUGUCCCAAGGAGCCCAAAAGCUACAGAAGGUGGGCGGGCACCUUGGGGCAGUGUAACUUGUUGAGCCAGUGCACUGCUGGAAACAGGCACAACCUAUACAGCAUAGUUAGACUGGCAAUUCCAUGGGAAGGCCACUCGAGUUCAAGGGACUUUGAAUGGGAAGACCGUUCAAGAGGCCUUGAGGUUCCAGACAAUGUGAAGAUGCUGGUGUUCCAAAACAUAUGGAAAAAGUUAUUCCAUGAUCCCGCGAAGCUGAAGACUCAGCAGCUCAGACCCACUGUCAGUCCACCUCCACCUCCACCUCCACCUCCAGACUCACCAGACGUGCGCUGCCCGGUCUGUGGGAUACUCCUCAAGUAUUGUACAUGUGUGAAUCCAGAGACAUUUAAACCUGACGGGCGCUGCCCGGGCUGCGAGAAGAUCCCCGACUAUUGCAAAUGUGUGCCUCCAAGGUCACAAAAUCCCGAUGAGGGCUGCCUUGCCGGUGUCCCUGAUGGGCCUGCAGGGCCGCCAGGCUGCGGGAAGCUCCCCAACCAUUGCAUAUGUGUGCAUCCAGGGUCACUGGACCCCGGCAGGCGCUGCCUCGAUAUCCUGUAUGGGCCUUCAGGGACACCAUGCCCCAGGGAGCGGAUCUGCAAUGGCUUAGAUGAUGACCCUGCACUGUGUCCGCAGUACCCCAGAGAGUGGAUCUGCAAUGGAGUGGAGGAUCAGGCAGCACCUUGGCAGCAAUACCCCUGGGAGCAGAUCUGCAUAGGUGUCAACAAUGAUCCCCCGAGGCUGCCUUACCCCUGGCAGGUCCAUGCUGGUAUGAGAAAUGCGCCAUUUGAUGUAAGGCCACACCAUCACCCUGACGAGCAAGCUGCAGAGUACUCGACUGACUGCUGGAGGUAUAAUCGAGCCCUACCUGAACCCUAUGAGCAAGUUAAUCUAUCGAGGCAUGUCAACACUGAGGCCAGUUAUGAAGUGGUCCCGCCUGAAACCAAAGAGGAAGCUGUUGACAUCAUGAAGCGUACGGUUCCACCAGAUAAAAAUAUGGAGUUUCCUCCUGAGCUUCAAGAAGCUAUCCUCGUCUGGCACAUUGCCACGGACGUCUUCCUCUUGUGCAGCCUCACAGAAGAGUCGGAAGAUAAAAAGGCGAUCAAGCAGAUAUCAGACUACAUGAUGUUCCUCAUCGCCAAACACCCUGAAAUGCUACCAGGACUUAUGCUCCGCAGCCUGCACGAGAAAACACUCCGUGCUCUGGAGUUGAUAUGGAAGGAGGCUAAACACACUAGUUACACAACCAAGGAGAAGGUGGUUGCCAGAUGGAUGCUGGAUAACCCAAAUUCUGCUGUCUGGAAAGGAACUCAAGAGCGAGGCGAGGAUAAUCCUAUGAGUAUGAGUACUGUCUCUGAUGGAACUCAACUUGCCCGGAUGAUGCUGAGCCCGCCGCCCAAGAAGAGAGGAGACGAAUUUACAGUCAUUGAGGUUGAAAGACUUGCAUCCUGGAUUCCACGUUUGCCGGAACUUUACAAUGGAGUGGAAGACAUGUUGGAGUUCAUCUUGGAUGGUUGGGUGCGUCUGCUCAUGUUUGCAUCCAUGCGGUGCAGCAGGGAUUCUCAUGCCAAGCGGCUCAGCAGUGGCGGCGAGCUCACGACCCUCGUGUGGAUCAUCGCGGAACACACAGAGAUCGACAUCGUCAAAAAGCAUCUCAAGUCUUCUCCGCUGAGAACUCUCAUGGAUCUUCCUCCGCAAUAAACACUCUGUGCUGUCUUUCUUCUCAGUAGCUGAUCUGUACUCUCCUUCAGCCUCUAGUUGUACUCAUGCAUCUCUGUUUUAUUUGGUUUGGUGGCUGCACUAUCUCUGAGUUUGUAGUUAUACUCAUGUAUCUCUGUGUUGGUCGUCAUUUCCUUGCUAUCCUUGAUCUGCAUUGUUAGCAAGUGGUAUGUCUGGAUGUUUAUUUAUAGUGAAAGACCACACACAGUUUUUUC